CUUGCGGGAGUACUUCAGCCAGUUCGGCGAGGUGAAGGAGUGCCUGGUGAUGCGGGACCCGCUGACAAAGAGAUCCAGGGGCUUCGGGUUCGUCACGUUCAUGGACCAGGCUGGCGUCGACAAGGUCCUGGCCCAAUCCAGACAUGAACUGGACUCCAAGACGAUUGACCCAAAGGUAGCAUUCCCUCGCCGAGCACAGCCCAAGAUGGUGACCCGAACGAAGAAGAUAUUUGUGGGUGGUCUGUCCGUGAACACUACUGUGGAGGAUGUGAAACAAUAUUUCGAGCAGUUCGGGAAGGUGGACGACGCGAUGCUGAUGUUCGACAAGACAACCAACCGACACCGAGGGUUUGGGUUUGUCACAUUUGAAAGCGAAGACAUUGUGGAAAAAGUCUGUGAAAUCCACUUCCAUGAGAUCAACAACAAAAUGGUGGAGUGUAAAAAAGCCCAGCCGAAGGAGGUGAUGUCCCCAACGGGCUCGGCACGAGGGCGGUCCCGAGUCAUGCCUUACGGGAUGGAUGCCUUCAUGCUCGGGAUCGGCAUGCUGGGUUAUCCAGGCUUCCAAGCUGCCACCUACGCGAGUCGAAGUUACACUGGCAUUGCACCUGGCUACACUUACCAGUUCCCUGAGUUCCGUGUAGAGCGGACCCCUCUCCCGAGUGCCCCCGUCCUCCCUGAGCUCACAGCAAUCCCCCUCACUGCGUAUGGACCAAUGGCAGCAGCAGCGGCUGCGGCAGCUGUGGUGCGAGGGACAGGUUCCACCCCCAGUCGCACCGGUGGAUUUCUGGGCACCACCAGCCCUGGGCCGAUGGCAGAGCUUUAUGGAGCCGCCAACCAGGACUCAGGGGUCAGCAGUUACAUCAGCGCUGCCAGUCCAGCCCCGAGCACCGGCUUCGGCCACAGCCUAGGAGGUCCCUUGAUUGCAACAGCUUUUACCAAUGGGUAUCACUGAAGCUGGGGACCAAGGAGGCAGGAGAUUCCCCAGUGACCUAACCGAGGACAGCGGCUGGAGGAUCUGGUGAGCCUCGGGGGAUGAGCCAAGGUUACCUUUUUCUUGAAUCAAACUGCACACUGCCGGCUGGCUGCCAGGCUCCUGCCGCCCUGCCCUGAUCUCUCCCUUUGACCAGACCACACUGGACUGAACCCGAGGAGAUCAUCUCGCUUUCUUACUAACCACCGACGGUUUACGCUUCCCCCCUCCCUGCCCCCAGCCCACCGAUUCUUCUUUUAUUUAUUUUAUUAGCUGUUAGUUUUAUUUUUUUAUUUUAUUUUUUUAUCUUUUUUUGGGGGGGCUACCCCUUCUUUUUGUUGUUUGCUCUUUCCCGAGCUAGUAGGUAUAUUUUAUGAAUUGGCUUUGUGAUUGUGUUAGGUAGUUUUUAUUGAGGAGUAUUUUUAUUUGGCUUUGAAACUGUUUUGAAUAUUUUCAACUCUGUUGUUGUUGUCGUCAGUGUUU